AAUUUGCAUUGCACGAAAUUGGCGCUAAAGGUUUUCGUCACUUUUUUUGUCAGUGAUUAAAAUUGUUAAUUAUUUGCUAUAUAUUUGUAAUUUUUUUUUAAGUUUUGGGUUUAAAGAGUUUGUUUAAAAUGUUUAACCGGUUAGCCUUGUUGACGAAAUUACAUCGAAUGAAAAGGUUAAAGAAGUGCACGUGCUUGUAUCAUUCCGGCUCGUCUUCGAGAGAGAUUCGAGAAACAUUUUUGGAUUUCUUUGCCAAAGAACAUUUGCACUCUCGAGUGCCUUCUAGUUCUGUGGUUCCGUAUGGAGAUCCUUCUUUAGCUUUUGUCAAUGCAGGAAUGAAUCAAUUCAAACCCAUCUUCCUCGGUCAGGCUGCGCCUCAGCACCAAAGAGCUGUUAACAACCAAAAAUGUAUUAGAGUAGGUGGAAAACACAAUGAUUUGGACGAUGUUGGAAGAGAUGGCUAUCACCACACAUUUUUCGAAAUGCUUGGGUCAUGGUCAUUCAACGACUACUUCAAAAAAGAAGCCUGUAGCAUGGCCUGGCAGUUACUUACUCAAGUGUACCGAAUUCCACCUCAAAAACUGUUCAUCACAUACUUUGGGGGCAAUCAAUCGCUUGGUCUACCAUCAGAUGAGGAAUGCAGAGAAAUUUGGCUUUCACUUGGUGUAGCUGCUGAUCACAUUCUGCCAUUCGGUAUGAAAGACAACUUUUGGGAGAUGGGUUUAGUGGGUCCGUGCGGGCCCUGCAGUGAAAUUCACGUCAACAAAGCCAAUUUGGAAACAAGUCUAGCCAGAACGUUGGUGAAUCAAGGAACCGAAGAAGUUGUAGAAAUUUGGAAUCUAGUCUUCAUGCAGUACAACAGGAUAUCUAAUCAAGUCUUGGAAAAAUUGCCGGCUCAUCACAUUGAUACCGGUAUGGGUCUGGAGCGGUUGGUGGCUUUCCUGCAGAAUAAAAACUCCAAUUACGAUACCGAUCUUUUUCUUCCCCUAAUCGACGCUGUUCAUCAGAUUUCAGGUGGAGUUCCGUAUCAGGGUUCCUACGAUAUGCAGUCUUCUCAGGGUCAACGUGACUGGGCGUAUCGAUUACUCGCUGAUCAUAGUCGGAUGAUCACGGUGGCAUUGGCAGAUGGCGCAUUCCCAGAUAACAAUCAUCGCCUGCGGCGGGUGAUGCGACAAGCUAUGGUAACGAGCCGGAAGUGGUUCAACCAAGAUGCGUCACUGUUGCUGGAACUGAGCCAGCGAGUUGCAGACAUGAUGGGUGGAGUGUACCCGGAACUAAGUCGGAAUUUGAGCAACGUCCACAUGCUUCUGCGGUUCGAAGAGGACAUCUUUCGCGACCAUCUGGCCAAGUCCGGCCGAGAGUGGUCCGCCAUAGUCAACCAGUUCCCAGAGCUAUCAGCUCUUCCAACCGACCAGCAACCCGGACUUAUUGCCGGACUCAGACAAUUAGAAGACUGGAGACGUUCUUCCGGCAGCGACAAGAUAUCCGGCUCCCUGGCCUUCAAGCUUUAUAGUACUCAUGGCCUGCAGGAAGAUUCCCUGCAAUUAUUAGUCCAGCUGAAAGGAUGGAACGUCGAUUGGCCACAAUUUCAUCAAUUGAUGGCCGAUGAACGAAUGUCUACCAAAAUUCAAUCAUCCGCUGCUGUCAGCUCUCAGUUCCAGUGCGCCACGUCUCUUAAAGUUGCGCCAACUGCUUGGCAAUGCCAAGACGUCUGCUCUCGCAAUGCAGAGGGUCACUACACUUUCAAACCAUUCGACGCGACCGUGACGGCCCUCGUUAGCCAGGACGGGCGUACGAUAGAAGAAGCUGCCACUGGUGAUCGAGUAGCCGUGAUUGCAGACAAGAGUUGUUUUUAUUACGAAGCAGGCGGACAGGUGAGCGACACUGGUCGAUUGCUCUGGCCGACCGGUGCGGGUCAAGUGGAGGAGAUUCGACGUGUCGGCGAUCACAUUUACCAUCUGAUAAAGGUCAACGAAGGCAACCUUCGAGUCAAUCAGACGGUUCAAAUGAUGUUAGACGAGGACAAUAGACUCAACACAAUGGCCAAUCACACUGCGACUCACCUACUGCAAGCCGCAAUCAAGGAUAUCCUCAAAGUUACUUGUCAAAAAUCCAGUUACGUGACACCAGAGCAUUUCCGUUUCGACUUUGGUCUCUUUCAAUCGGAAUUUACGCUAGAAAUGAUCUCGCAAGCCGAAUCGUCGGUCCGAAAUUGGAUAUCCCAGCGUCUAGCCGUUGACCGAUUGAUGUUGCCUCUCCACCAGGCCGUCUCUCUCGACGGGAUCACGCUGGUGCCCGGCGAGAGCUACCCGGAUAUGGUCUCCGUCAUUCGAGUCGCCCAGGAAAGCAGGAAGGACGAGGCCAUUAGUCUUGAACCUUGUUGCGGAACUCAUGUCCGCAAUACCGCCGAUUUGGAGGAAUUCGCAAUCCUGAGCGUCAAGUCGGCCGGAAUUGGAAGCCGGUCCGUUAGAGCCGUUACCCGCGCCACAGCUAAACAGUCACUGUGUCGAGCCGAUGAUCUGAAACGUGAGUUGAAUAUCCUUGAGGAGAUGGUCAAUAAAUUCAACGCUGUCGAAUUCACCCAAUUGAAGGAAUUGGACAAGACCUUGAAACAGUUGCGAGAAACAAUUAGCAGCGACGAUGUGCCACUGAUAGUCAACAAAGAACUUUCUGUCCGAUUAGAAAAAUUGGAAUCGUACGUUCGACAAGCUGCCCAAGAGACGUUAGCGCGGCUGAUGCAGCACCAAGUCGAAUCGGCUGUCAGCCAUGCGGGUCCCGCAUCGUUUGUUAUCGUCUACCUGUCAAUACCGCAUGAAAUGUUGGAUAUCGGCCGGGCGAAACUUUCUUUGAUCAAAGCAACGCGGCACUGUCCUCACAAACCGAUUCUAGUCUUGGCUUCAGACGAUGGAUGUUUAAUUGGCCGCUGCACGUUCCCUCAGGAAAUGGUCACCGGAGACUUUGAUGCUGAGAAGUGGAGCGGCUACGUCAUCCGAGCUAUCGGUGGCAAAGGGAGUUCUCCUAAAGGUCAAGAUCCGCGAUUCAACUACAAUAUCAGGAGCCGUAAAUUAGUCAACGAUAGCGAAGAAUCCGUCCGACAUCAGGCGCUGUCCCUGGCCACACAAUACGCCAAGAAUCGAUCGUUGUAA